GAUCAUCGUGCUAGGCGAAGGGGGGCGAAGUAGAGAGAGGUCGUGCUACCGGCUCUGUGAAGGGGUUGGUUGGGAUGGACCUUGUGUCUAAAGGGUUGGUCUGAAGAAGGGAAACAGACUGCUCAGCUCCUGGAACUCCGGACAAAUAACUACCAGCUUUCAGAUGAACUACGGAAGAAUGGUGUUGAACUCACCAGUCUUCGACAGAAGGUUGCCUACCUGGAUAAGGAGUUCAACAAAGCUCAGAAGGCACUGAGCAAGAGCAAGAAAGCUCAGGAAGUCGAGGGACUGCUGAGUGAAAAUGAGAUGCUGCAGGCAAAGCUGCACAGCCAGGAGGAAGACUUCCGUUUGCAGAACAGCACGCUUAUGGCUGAGUUCAGCAAGUUGUGCAGCCAGAUGGAACAUCUGGAGCAAGAGAACCAGCAGCUGAAGGAUGGCGCUGCCGGGGCAGGGGCUGCCCAAGCUGUGGGCCUCGUGGAUGGCGAACUGCUGAGACUGCAGGCGGAGAACACAGCCUUGCAGAAGAAUGUGGCAGCCCUGCAGGAGCGCUAUGAGAAAGAAGCUGGAAAAUCCCCAACUGCCAAUGAGGGCCAAGGGGAUCCCCCAGGGAGCCCAGCACCCACUGUCCUGUCCCCCAUGCCUUUGGCAGAAGUGGAACUGAAAUGGGAAAUGGAAAAGGAAGAAAAGAGGUUGCUUUGGGAACAACUACAAGGCUUGGAGAGCUUGAAGCAGGCUGAAACAUCCAGGCUGCAGGAAGAACUUGCUAAGCUCUCUGAAAAACUGAAAAAGAAACAAGAAAGUUUUUGCCGUCUGCAGACAGAAAAGGAGAUGCUGUUCAACGACAGCCGGAAUAAGAUUGAGGAGUUACAACAGCGGAAGGAAGCUGAUCUCAAAGCCCAGUUGGCUCAAACUCAGAAGCUACAGCAAGAACUUGAGGCUGCCAAUCAGAGCUUGGUAGAGCUGAGAGAUCAGUGUCAGGGGGAACGCCUGGAGCAUGCAGCAGCUCUACGAGCCCUACAAGAUAAGGUGUCCAUCCAGAGCGCAGAUGCACAGGAACACGUGGAAGGACUUUUAGCAGAGAACAGUGCCUUGAGGACUAGCCUGGCUGCCCUGGAGCAGAUCCAAACAGCAAAGACGCAAGAACUGAACGUGCUCUGGGAACAGAAUACUGGGCUGACAGCUGAGUUGCAGCAGCGGCAAACAGAGUAUGAGGACCUCAUGGGACAGAAAGAUGACCUCAACUCCCAGCUGCAGGAGUCAUUACGGGCCAAUAGUCGGCUGCUGGAACAACUUCAAGAAGUCGGGCAGGAGAAGGAGCAGUUGACUCAGGAGCUACAGGAGGCUCGGAAGAGUGCUGAGAAGCGGAAAGCCAUGCUGGAUGAGCUAGCAAUGGAGACACUGCAGGAGAAGUCCCAGCACAAGGAAGAGCUGGGAGCGGUCCGACUACAGCAUGAGAAGGAGGUGCUGGGGGUGCGCGCCCGCUAUGAGCGUGAGCUCCGAGAGCUGCAUGAAGACAAGAAACGUCAGGAGGAGGAGCUCCGUGGGCAGAUCCGUGAAGAGAAGGCCCGAGCUCAGGAGCUGGAGAAUCUCCAGCAGACAGUGGAGGAACUUCAAGUUCAGGUACACUCUAUGAAUGGAGCCAAGGGCUGGUAUGAACGGCGCUUGAAGGAAGCAGAAGAAUCUCUACAGCAGCAGCAGCAAGACCAAGAGAGAGCCCUCAAACAGUGUCGGGAGCAGCAUGCCAGUGAGCUGAAGAGCAAGGAGGAGGAGUUAUUGGGUCUGCAGGAUCAGCUCCAGCAGGCCCAGGAGGAGCGGGACAGCCACCUGGAAACCAUCAGCAACCUGAAGCAGGAGGUGAAGGAUACCGUGGAUGGACAGCGAAUCUUGGAGAAGAAGGGCAGUGCUGCGCUCAAGGACCUCAAGAGGCAGCUACACCUGGAGCGGAAACGGGCGGAUAAGCUGCAGGAGCGGCUGCAGGACAUCCUCACUAAUAGCAAGAGCCGCUCUGGCCUUGAGGAGCUGGUUCUCUCAGAGAUGAACUCACCAAGCCGGACCCAGACUGGAGACAGCAGUAGCAUCUCCUCCUUCAGCUAUCGGGAGAUCUUGCGGGAAAAGGAGAGUUCAACUGUUCCAGCCAGGUCCUUGUCCAGCAGCCCUCAGGCCCAGCCGCCAAGGCCCACAGAGCUGUCAGAUGAGGAAGUGGCUGAGCUCUUUCAGCGCCUGGCUGAGAUGCAGCAGGAGAAGUGGAUGCUGGAGGAGAAGGUGAAGCACCUGGAGGUGAGCAGUGCCUCCAUGGCAGAAGACCUCUGCCGGAAGAGUGCCAUCAUUGAGACCUAUGUCAUGGACAGCCGGAUAGAUGUGUCUGUGGCAGCAGGCCACACAGACCGCAGCGGGCUGGGCAGCGUCCUGAGAGACCUAGUGAAGCCAGGUGAUGAGAACCUUCGGGAGAUGAACAAGAAGCUGCAGAACAUGCUAGAGGAGCAGCUCACCAAGAAUAUGCACUUGCACAAGGACAUCGAAGUUCUGUCCCAGGAAAUUGUGCGGCUCAGCAAGGAGUGUGUCGGGUCCCCUGGCCCAGACCUACAACCUGGAGGAGCCAGCUAAAGACCUGCAGGCUGCACCCACUCCCUCCCCUCCGCACCCCUGCCAGGACACCAUUCCCUUGAGCUGUGGUGGGAAAAUGGGGUGGGGGGGUGGGGAGGGCUAAUGCCAAAAUCCAAUAGGGUGGGAAACUGGACAUUGAAGGGGUUGGAGGCCUGA